ACGUAACUUAGUAUUUUUUUCUUUCUUAAAAAAGAGAUCAGCUGGUGGUUUCGUGACUGCAUUUCACUGUUUUGGAGGCCAAAGAAACUCAUAAAGACAUUUUAACCUCCUGACCAUUAUCGUGUGAUUCACAUGCAAGAAAAAUUAAACUUAAUCUGAAAUACGAAUUUAAAAUUCGCCCCCAACCAUUGAGAGCUGAUCGUGAUCAACGUAACCAUUGAGCGACUCGGAACCUCCCACCUCCUUACGCACACACCACCAAACAACAAAAUCUAUUUUCCUCGCCAACGCCAACUGACAUAGCCAAAGCACCCAAGCAAUCGAGAACACGAAAAGCAGACGAAAAUGGCGUCGCCCGCCGCAAGGAUCACCUUCCGCAUAGUAUUCGUGGCUCUGGUCGUUCUCGUCCUCUUCUACGUUGGCCGCCCUCUCUACUGGAAAAUCUCCGCCACCAUCCACGAGAUCCGCCAAAACAAACAGACCGUUAAGCAAGGUAUAUCGCAGAUUGUUCUGGAAGCUCAGAAAUCGGUCGGUUGGUACCACGACGAGUCGGAUUCGGGUGCCCGCUACGAUAGGGCCGCGAAGAAUGUCGGGUUGGCCACGACCCGGAGGCUGCUGCUCCGCCAGGUUUCGUGAAAUCCCUUGAUUUUUCCAAAAUUUACUGCUUUGUAAGACUGAGGUUUCAGUGGGUCUGUUCAAAUCUGGUCACAUUUCGAAUGAAUCGGUUAAAUUAUGUUGAAUUAAUGUGUUUAGGGAGUGAAAUACUUCUUCCUGACACUACUAAAUGUUAGAAAAGUUUGCACAACUGCAAUGCUGGAUAUGUAUCGGUUUCGGAAUAUAUAUAGAAUUUUACUGAGUAUGAUUAUAUAUAUAGUAUUUUGGGUUUUUUUGGUGCA